AUGGCUGGGUCGGGGGGGAUUCCUUUGGUGAGGAAGGUGUGUUACGCUGUGGGGGGGGUCCCAUACCAGAUCACCACGGCAGCCAUCAGUGUUUCUCUGCAGAUAUUUCUACUGGACGUUGUGCAGAUGGAGGUGUCCUCUGUGUCCGUGGUUCUGUUUGCGAGCCGGGCCUGGGACGCGCUGACGGACCCCCUGGUGGGAUACUUGGUGAGCCGCAGCCGCUGGACGCCCGUCGGCAGACUCUCUCCAUGGUUGCUGCUCUCCACCCCCUUCUCCAUCCUGUCCUACUUGCUGCUGUGGUUUGUCCCUCGAGGGUCCGCGGCCCUCACUUUGAUCUGGAGCCUCAUCACCACCUGCCUGUUCGAGACCCUCAUGAGUUGUUACCACGUGCCUUACGUCUCCCUCAACAUGUUCCUGGGGGGGGGCAACAGAGACAGAGACUCCGCCACGGCCUACAGAAUGAGUGUGGAGGUGCUGGCGAUGCUGUUAGCGUCUGUGAUUCAGGGUCAGGUUGUGUCUGUUUACAACGCAGAGAAACAAGAAGCCUGUCAACAUCUGGACUCUGAAACAACAUCAGCUUCACCUCCAGCCGCACCGCUGCAGGAAACGCGGAAGGCGUUCCUGACCUCCUCUCUGGUGACGGGCUCCGUGUUCUUCCUCUGCAGCCUCGUGCUCUUCUUCGGGGUGAAGGAGCAGCGAGCUCCUCUGGUCUCUGAGGACAGACAGCGUCCCUCCUGUCUCUCGUCUCUGAAGAAGAUGAUCCGUCACGCUCCAUAUCAGCGGCUGCUGCUCGGCUCCGUGUUCAGCGCGCUCGCCUUCCAGAUGUCCUUGGGUAACUUUGCCCUCUUCUGCAGCCAUGCAGCGGGGCAGGGGGAGCAUUUCCAGCUCCUCCUGCUGGUUCUCCUGGCCUCUUCCUCGGCAGCGGUCCCUCUGUGGCAGACAGUUCUUCUGAAAAUAGGAAAGAAGGCCACCGUUCUCAUCGGACUCUCACUCUUCAUCCCGGCGGUGAUAAUCGUCGCCUGUGUCCCCUCUAACCUCCCUGUCUUCCUGGUGAUGUGCGUCCUGAUGGGCUUCAGCGUGGCGACCAUCUUCCUGCUGCCCUGGUCGAUGCUCCCAGAUGUGGUGGAUGACUUCACGAUGAAGAACCCGUCCUGCAGAGACCUGGAGCCGCUGUUCUUCUCCUGUUAUGCUUUCUGCAGUAAGCUGGCAGGAGGCUUGUCUGUGGGCAUCUCCACCCUGAUAUUACAGUUUGUGGGUUACAGAGCGGGUGCGUGUCAUCACGAGGGGGGGGUGGCGACAGCUCUCAUCGUGAUGUUCUCCCCGGUGCCCGUCGCUCUGCUGCUGAUCGGGAUGUUCUUCUUCCACUCGUACUCCAUCAAUGAGAGGAAGUGUCUGCAGGAACAACUGACCCCAGAUCACCCUGAAGCCUCAUCACCACCAGACCUGAGAGAGGACUCAGAGCAGCUGCCAUCAACGUCACAUUAUAACACAAGUUACAAUCCAAACUCAUCAGCUGGUCCUGAAAAACAAUCCUCAGUCAAAUCAUCCGGACGUUCACAUGUAUCAUCGGAAAACAGCAGGUCUAAAUCAGUUCUUAAAUCAAAUGUAAAUCCUCAGAGUCAAACCUCACCGCAGAGAUCAGGAGACGAGAAACGGAGCAGGAAUGUUCCUGAAAAGAAUCCCAGAACUUCCUCCAGCAGGUCACACGUGAGACCCAAAAUAUCCUGGGUAUAGUGAGACACAUUGAGACUUUUAGAAAAGAGACACUACUCUGGGAUCUGAAUCUAACACUGAAUACUUUAUUUUUAACUCUAUUCUUAUACAUUUUCUAUUUUUAAAGUCCUCUGCAAAAUGUCUGCACCUGUUCUUGCUCAAAUAAACAACCUUUUUCAGUCUGUCA